GACAACAGUGACAAUGGUGACAACGGUGACAACAUUGACAACGGUGACAACGGUAACAACAGUGACAACAGUGACGAAGAUAACAAUGGUGACAAAACGGACAACUUUGACAACGGUGACAACGGUGACAAUGGAAAAAACAGUGACAACAGUAAAAACGUUGCCAACAGUCACAACAGUCCCAACACCGACAACACCGACAACACUAACAACGGUGACAAAGUUGACAAUAGUGAAAACAGUGACAACGGUGACAACAGUGUUAACAGUGACAACAGUGACAACGGUCAAACCAGUGACAACAGUGACAACAGUGACAACAGUGGCAACAGUGAAAGACGGUGACAAGGUGACAACGGUGGCAACGGUAACAACGGUGACAACAGUAACAACGGUGACAACGGUGAUCGGUGACAAUGGUGACAACGGUGACAAGGGUGACAAUGGUGACAAGAGUGACAACAGUGACAACAUUGAAAAGUGUGACAACGGUGACAAUGGUGACAAGGGUAAAAACAGUGACAACGGUGACAUUGGUGAAAACGGUAACAACAGUGACCAAAGUGACAACAGUGACAGCGGCAAAACCAGUGACAACAAUGACAACACCGACAACACUGACACCGGUGAUAACGGUGACAACGGUGACAAUGGUGAGAACAGUAACAACAGUGACAACCGUGACAAUGGUAAAAACAGAGACAACAGUGACAAAGGUGAAAACAGUGACAACAGUGACAACUGUAACAACGGUGGCAAAGGUGACAACGGUGACAACAGUGACAACAGUGACAACACUGACAACAGUGACAACGGUGAUAACAGUGACAACAGUGAAAACAGUGACAACAGCCACAACAGUGAGAACAGUGACAAGACCGACAACACUGACAACGGUGGCAUUGGUGACAACAGUGACAAAAGUGAGAACAGUGACAACAGUGAUAACGGUAACAACAUUGACAACAGUGACAACGGUGACAACGGUGAGAACGGUAAAAACAGUGACAACAUUGACAACGCUAACAACGGUGACAAUAGUGACAACAGUGACAAAGGUGACAACAGUCACAAUGGUGAAGCCAGUAACAACGGUGACAACGGUGACAACGGUGACAAGUGUGACAAAAGUGACAACGGUGACAACAGUGACAACGGUGACAACAGUAACCAUGGUGACAACAGUGACAACGGUGAAAACAGUGACAAAAGUGACAAUGGUGACAACAGUGACAACUGUGACAACGGUGACAACAGUGACAACUGUGACAAUGGUGGCAACCGUGACAACAGUCACAACGGUGACAACAGUGGCAACGGUUACAACAGUGACAACGGUGACAACAGUGAAAACAAUGAUAACAACGACAACACUGACAACGGUGAUCACUAAGACAACGGUGAAAGCGGUGACAACAGUAACAACAGUGACAACAGUGACAACAAUAAAAACAGUGACAAAAGUGACAAAUUUCACAACGGAGACAACAGUGACAACAGUGACAACUGUGACAAUGGUGGCAACCUUGACAACGGUGACAAUAGUGACAACGAUGACUACGGUGACAACGAUAAAAAAAGUGACCACAUUGACAACUGUAACAACGGUGGCAACGGUGACAACGGUGACAACAGUGACAAAAGUGACAACACUGACAACAGUGAAAACACUGAAAACGUUGACAACGGUGACAACGGUGACAACAGUGAAAAUAGUUAAAACAGUGACAUUGGUGACAACAGUGACAACAGUGACAACACUUACAACACUGACAACGGUGGCAUUCGUGACAACAGUGACAAAAGUGAGAACAGUGACAACAGUGACAACGAUGACAACGCUAAGAACAGUGAAAACAGUGACAACGGCGACACCGGUGACAACGGUGACAACAGUGACAACGGUGACAACGGUAACAACAGUAUUAACGGUGACAACGGUGACAACGGUGACAACAGUGACUACCGUGACAACAGUGACAGCUGUGACAACGGUGACACUGACAACGGUGACAAUAGUGACAACGGUGACAACAGUGUCAACAGUGAAAACAUCGACAACAUUGACGAGUGUGACAACGGUGAAAACAGUGAAAAGGUUAAAAACAGUAACAACAGUGACAACAGUGGCAACACUGACAACGGUGACAUCGGUGAAAACGAUAACAACAGUGACUAAAUUGACAACAGUGACAACAGUGACAACAGUGACAACGGUGACAACAGUGACAACAAUGACAACACCGACAACACUGACAACGGUGAUAACGGUGACAGUGGUGACAACAGUAACGACUGUGACAACGAUGACAACUGGGACAACAGUGACAACAGUGGCAACGGUGACAACGGUGACAACAGUGACAACACUGACAACACUGACAACGGUGACAACACUGAAAACGUUGACAAUGGUGAGAACGGUGACAACAGUGACAACAGUGACAGCGGUGACAACAGUGACAAAACCGACAACACUGAGAACGGUGAGAACGGUGACAGCAGUGAGAAAAGAAAGAACAGUGACAACGGUGAUAACGGUAACAACAGUGACAACAGUGACAACGGUGACAACAGUGACAAUGGUGACAAGGGUGACAACAGUAAAGACAGUGACAACAUUGACAACACUAACAACUGUGAAAAUGGUGACAACGGUGACAACAGUGGCACAAGUGUCAACAGUGACAACGGUGACAACAGUAACAAUGGUGACAAGAGUGACAACGGUGACAACGGUGACAAGGGUGACAACAGUGACAAAAUUGACAACGGUGACAACGGUCACAACGGUGAAAACGGUAACAACAGUAACAACAGUGACAACGGGGACAACGGUGACAACAGUGACAACAGUGACAACAGUGACACCUGUGACAACGGUGACAACAGUGACAACUGUGACAACGGUGGCACGUGUGACAACAGUGACAACGGCCACAACUGUGCCAGCGGUGACAACUGUGUAAACUGUUACAACGAUGACAACAGUCACAACACCGACAACACUAACAAAGGUGACAACGGUGACAAUAGAGACAACGGUGACAACAGUGUCAACAGUGAAAACAUCGACAACAUUGACAAGUGUGACAACGGUGACAGGGGUAAAAACAGUAACAACAGUGACAACAGUGGCAACACUGACAACGGUGACAUCGGUGAAAACAAUAACAACAGUGACUAAAUUGACAACAGUGACAACAGUGACAACGGUGACAACAGUGAUAAAAUGACAACACCGACAACACUGACAACGGUGAUAACGGUGACAAUGGUGAGAACAGUAACAACAGUGACAACAGUGACAAAGGUGACAACAGUGACAACUGUAACAACGGUGGCAACGGUGACAACGGUGAUAACACUGACAAAAGUGACAACACUGACAACAGUGACAACACUGAAAACGUUGACAACGGUGACAACGCUGACAACAGUGAAAAUAGUUCAAACAGUGACAUUGGUGACAACAGUGACAACAGUGACAACACCGACAACACUGAGAACGGUGGCAUUGGUGACAACAGUGACAAAAGUGAGAACAGUGACAACAGUGAUCACGGUAACAACAGUGACAACAGUGACAACGGUGAGAACGGUAAAAACAGUGACAACAUUGACGACGCUAACAACGAUGACAAUAGUGACAACGGUAAAACGGUGGCAAAAGUUUCAACAGUGACAACGGUGACAACAGUAACAACGGUUACAACGGUGACAACAGUGACAACGGUGACAACGGUGACAACGGUGACAAUGGUGACAACAAUGGCAAAAGUGACGACGGUGACAACGGUGACAACGGUGACAACAGUAACAACAGUGACAACAGUCACAACGGUGAAAACAGUGACAAAAGUGACAAUGGUGACAACAGUGACAACUGUGACAACGGUGACAACGGUGACAACGGUG